UCAAGGUAUUUUAAGCUUUGUGCUGUUGUUAUCUCAUAGUUCACUCUCGGCAUCAGCCAACAACAAAUGAAGAUUUGUCAUCAAUGCAAGCACAAGGUGAAGGAAAGUCCCAAUAUUACUGUGGUCUUUGCAUGGAAAAUGUUCAGACAAAUAGCUGCUGCCAAAGAACAGCACACAAGGACUGUUUGUAUGCAUGUGGGUGGAGCCUUACAAAUUGUAACUGUUUUCAAAGAGAGAGAACAGCCCACAAGAUUGACUAUCCAGCUCCUUCAACUUCAUCCUAUAAACAACCCUCAGGUAAUGACGAUGGUUCUGGCACAUGGGAAGAUCACCCUCUGCAGACUUUCCCUCAUCAUUCUGAGAUCUUGUCCCUCUUCUGUGAGAUUUGUGGAGAAGAAGAGAUCUUCAUAAAAUCACCAUGCUGCAAAAGUGAAUAUCACUGGCACUGCCUUAACCAGUGUAGGAAAAGGGGUUACACAACCUGCAUUUACUGCCAGCUUCCUAUGCAGUUCUCACAGCACUACCUAUUGAGAUUAUUAUGGUGUGGAGUAGAUGACAGUGGAAGCAGUGGUGGAGGAAGAGGGGCUGGAAGGAGAGGAAGAAGAGUAGAAGGAGGAGGAAGAAGAGGAGAAGGUGGAGGAAGAGAAGGAGGUGGACAUGAUGGUUAUGGGGGAUGUGACAGUGGAGGAGGGGAUGAUGGUGGGAGAGGGGAUGAUGGUGGGAGAGUGGAUGAUGAUAUUGAUGGAGAAAAUGAUGGAGGAGGAAGUGACAGUCAAGAGGAAGGUUGUGGCAGAGGAAGGAGUGGCAGCAUGGAAGGGGAUGAAGGUGAUGGUGGUGGUGGAGUUGAUGAUGGAGGUGGUGGAGUUGAUGAUGGAGUUGUUGGAGUUGAUGAUGGCAUUGGUGGAGAUGAUGAUGGAGUUGGUGGAGUUGAUGAUGAAGUUGGUCGAGAUAAUGAUGGAAGAAGUGGAGAUGAUGAUGGAGGUGGUGUUCGUGGAGAAGGUUCACCAUUAUCUCCUCCACAACCAUUACCUCUUCGGCUGUUGUUGCCACCUCUUCAUCUACUGCCUUUGCCUCCUUUGCCACCAUCAGCUGAUAACAGAGACGAAGAGGAAAAUUCUGAAGGAGGGGAUGAUAACGAAGGCCGAAAUGAGAAUUCAGAUCAUCACGAAGGAGACGAACAUCCAUUGAGAGCCUGGUACUGAUGCACUGAGCCAGCAUGCUCCAUGUUCAUUGUAAGGUUACCCUUUACCAGCUGUGAACAAUUGUUAUAAGAUCAUAACUGUAACUUGCUUUGAAAUGUAAACGCCACCUUGCUUCUCUUUCUUUCGUCUCGCUUUUACAUAGCUGCGCUGUUUGUUUGUUUUUUUUUUUUAAGGCAAACUGAUGUCUACUGAAACCAUGCUAUGUCUUUAUGAGGCAUUUAUACUUCCUCACUUUUAUUAUUGUUCUAUGGUGUGGCAUUUCUCUAGUAAACAAGAUUCUGAUAAUUUGGAUCUUUUAAACAAACACAUUCUUCGAUUUAUUUUCAAGGAUUUUAACUCUGAAUACAUUAAUUUACUUAAAAG